GCACUGACGCAUGCUCGUAUUCCAGACUCGCAGGAAAUGCAGAACCCCGCCAAGGUCCCGGCCCAAGCGGGAGCCGGUGACCCCGACGCCAAGUCAAGAUCGCAGCCUGGGCAGGUCCGCUUCUCGUCCGUCACGCAGGAGAUUGAGCCUGCUUUGACUUCGCCGGCCUCCGACCAGCCUUCCAAGGACGCCCUCAAAUUGACUACCAAUGACGAAGAAUUGAAGUCGCUGGCGAUGAGCUUGCAGAAAUCCCAGCUCCAGGAGUCAAGACUGCAUAACUUCUCAUACGAACCAAUGUCGCUCCCGUCAUCCAGGGUCGCAUCCCGAGAAUCUAGCGAUCGGAGCCACCGUGAGGGUAUCAACUCACUUAUGUCCUCUCCUCACGCUUCCCCUCCCAUCUCCGCCGUACAGUCGCCUCCCCUGACGCCCGCGGUGACCAAUUCCCGCGAUGGCCGAGCUGCUGAAAGCACUGCGGCUUUGAACGCUCCUGCUCGUGCGAAUCCACAAGCGAUCACUCCGGAAACAUCACCUCAUGUUUCCUCCGGCGAGAAGACAGACGCCCAGCAAAGCACCCACCAGAGUGCCCCACCCUCGAGAGCUUCUACCGAUAUCAUUUCCAACCGAGCUACGGCUUCAUCCGAUGUUUCUUCUUCAUCUAAUAUACCCCACCACCGAGCUCAAUUCUUCCUUGGUACAGAAGGAACUACUUCCCACGAAGAGAGCCCUCCGCCGACCCCAAGAGAUUCGCAUACGCCCCCAGGAGCUAUCACCCCGGUAGGCGAGCCAAAUGACCCGUACGCUCGAAGUAAGCGGGUCCCACAAAGCAAAAAUCUAGGACAGCUAGAUGCGAGAUUCAUCUUCGGAAGCCGAGAUUCGUCGAAGCGAUCGUUUCGUCCAGGAACCCCUCGUUCUGCUAGUGCCAGCGAUGUCACCAAAUCCGGCGACAAAAGGAGUAUUUUUAGCAACAACAGGAAGGAAGAUGAGUCAAAAAAAGCGCAUGCUCAUGGCCAUAACCAUCAUGGACACAACCAUCAUGGAUCUAUGUCGGAACUCAAGCGAUUCUUCAAGAUGGGACAUAAACACAAACGCCCUGAAUCUCCCACGUCUGCACCCAAACGAUCAAGCAAGUCGUCUGGUAAAUCAACCCCAUACCAAAUGGCAUCUGAUAGCGUGCCAUUUGCAGACGACCACGGUUUAGGAUCUAAGUACGGGAAAACGGGCAGAGUGUCGGGUUCAGGGGCAGGCGGCUCCGCUCCGUCUGUUGAAGCGCAACAGCGACGGCGUUACCUUCGCAUCACGGCCGAGUUCUGUAUUGGUUCGACUUUGCACCACGGAAACAUCAUCGAAACCCUCGACAUUAUUCAGGAAGGAAAUCAUUGGUACGAAGUCAUGGAAUACGCACCCUUUGACCUCUUUGCCAUUGUCAUGACCGGGAAAAUGACGAAGGAGGAAAUUGCUUGCUCGUUCAAUCAAAUCCUAAGCGGCGUUGCGUACCUGCAUGGAAUGGGCCUAGCGCAUCGGGAUCUCAAACUGGAUAAUGUCGUGGUCAACAGCCAUGGCAUUAUGAAGUUGAUUGAUUUUGGCAGCGCAGUUGUCUUCCGCUAUCCUUUUGAAAAUGAUAUUGUUCCAGCGUCAGGAAUCGUGGGGUCAGAUCCUUAUUUAGCGCCAGAAGUCUACGAUGAGAAGAAGUAUGACCCUCGUCCGACAGAUGUAUGGUCGCUGGCGAUCAUAUUCUGCUGUAUGACUCUCCGUCGCUUUCCUUGGAAGCAACCGCGCGUUAGCGAUAAUUCCUACCGACUAUUUGUUUCACCUCCAACUCCCGGCACUCCGGUCCCCGAUGGCGAUACUAGACGGCCUCGCCCGAAGUCGACUCCCGAUCUACCUUCCUCUGCCCACGAACAACGACAAGCACAAUAUCAUUCAGAUGUGUCGCAGCCUGCAUCGCCUACCAAGUUGUCGGCUCCAGCGCCCCAGGCACCCAAUGGCGCCAAGCCAGAACAAAACGCCGAGUCAACUGCCGAAUCCAGCCAGAAUGGACCCGGCGAGCCUGCUCAAAAACAAACCAGCCAGUCCAGUACAAGCACAGCGGCCAACAACACCGCCGGUGAGAAGCCUGCUCGCACAACAAGUAAAGAAGCACCUCCCCUUCCGCCAGGCUCUCAGCAGGCGAGUCAACGCCAAGAAGUCAUCAAGGGCCCAUGGCGGCUUCUCCGAAUCUUACCGCGGGAAAGCCGCUAUAUCAUUGGCCGUAUGCUGAAGGUUGAUCCGAAGGAGCGCGCUACCCUCGACGAAGUUCUCGCAGACGACUGGGUGCGCAACAUUCCGACUUGCCAGCAAGAGGUGAAUGGUGAAGUGAGGCCAGCCAAGAACCACACCCAUGUUCUUGAGCCUCCUUCGCACAGUCCCGCAGUUGCCAGCAAAGGAGCCAAAGGCAAAUAA